GACGGUUCGGGCUGAGCGUGAAGAUGGCGGGUGCCUCGGUGAAAGUCGCUGUCCGCGUGCGUCCGUUUAACUCCCGGGAGUUUGCCCACGAUUCCAAAUGCGUCAUCCAGAUGCAGGGCACGACCACAUGUAUUUCCAACCCAAAACAGCCCAAAGAUGCUCCAAAGAACUUCAACUUCGAUUACUCCUAUUGGUCGCACACUACAGAGGAAGACCCAAACUUUGCCUCCCAGCGGCAGGUGUACAAGGACAUCGGCGAGGAGAUGCUCCUGCAUGCGUUUGAAGGAUACAACGUCUGUAUCUUCGCCUACGGACAGACCGGGGCCGGAAAGUCGUACACCAUGAUGGGCAAACCAGAGCCGGAGCAACAUGGCAUCAUCCCCCAGUUAUGUGAAGAUUUAUUUGCCCGAGUCAGCAGUAACAAGAGCCCGGAUCUGUCCUACUCUGUGGAGGUCAGCUACAUGGAAAUCUACUGUGAGCGAGUCCGUGAUCUGCUGAGCCCCAAGAGUAAAGGGAACCUCCGGGUCAGAGAGCACCCCAUUAUGGGCCCCUACGUGGAGGACCUGUCUAAGCUGGCGGUGACGUCCUACGACGAUAUUGCUGACCUCAUGGACUGCGGGAAUAAGGCCAGGACCGUCGCUGCCACCAACAUGAAUGAGACCAGCAGCCGCUCGCACGCCGUCUUCACCAUCGUCUUCACACAGAAGAGACACGACGAGAUGACCAACCUAGACACCGAGAAAGUCAGUAAGAUCAGUCUGGUGGAUUUAGCCGGCAGUGAGCGGGCCGACUCCUCCGGGGCGAAAGGAACCCGACUUAAAGAAGGAGCCAACAUCAAUAAGUCGCUGACUACACUGGGGAAGGUGAUCUCCGCCCUGGCUGAAAUGCAAACCAAGAAAAGGAAAUCGGAUUUCAUCCCGUACCGAGACUCGGCCCUCACCUGGCUCCUGAAGGAAAACCUGGGAGGAAAUUCCCGCACGGCCAUGAUUGCAGCGCUGAGUCCAGCGGAUAUUAACUAUGAAGAGACACUCAGCACCCUCCGAUACGCCGACCGGGCGAAGCAGAUCAAAUGCAACGCGGUCAUUAACGAGGAUCCCAACGCCAGAUUAAUCCGGGAGCUGAAGGAAGAAGUGGCCAGACUGAGACAGCUGCUGCACAGCCAGGGACUCGCAGGUGACAUCACUAAAGAGGUCGUUUUCAGUCUACCAGACCUGACUGUAGAUGAAGGUAUAUCUGUCCCCGGCCCCUCGAUACCAUCCGCCGCGCCCGUCUCCCCGCCGCCUAAGUUGGGAUCGCCUCCCCCUCUGUCCCCUCCCGCCAUGAACGGUGAGACGGAGCCCUUCUCUGAGGUCGUCGACGAGGCCGAGAUCUGUACAGAGGAGGCCAUGGAGAGGCUUCAGGAGACAGAGAAGAUCAUCGCGGAGCUUAACGAGACGUGGGAGGAAAAACUGCGCAAGACCGAGGCUAUGCGCAUGGAGAGGGAGGCGCUGUUGGCGGAUAUUGGCGUGGCCGUAAGAGAAGAUGGCGGGACAGUGGGCGUCUUUUCCCCCAAAAAGAUCCCUCACCUGGUCAACCUGAAUGAAGACCCGCUUAUGUCGGAGUGCCUGCUCUACCACUUAAAGGAGGGGGUCACACGGGUGGGUCGGGUAGAUGUUGACAUCAAGCUGAGUGGCCAGUUCAUCCAGGAGCAGCACUGCCUAUUUCAUUGUAACACGAUUGCUAAUGGAGAAGUCAUCGUCACCCUGGAGUCCUGUGACGGAGCCUACACUUAUGUCAAUGGAAAGCAGGUGACCCAACUCCUGGUGCUGAAAUCAGGUAACAGGAUAGUGAUGGGAAAGAACCACGUCUUCCGCUUUAACCACCCGGAACAGGCGCGUCUGGAGAGGGAGAGAAACAACGCCCCGGUAGAGAAUCAGACCGAACCCGUCGACUGGAACUUUGCCCAGCGGGAGCUGCUGGAACAACAGGGGAUCGACAUCAAACUGGAGAUGAAGAAACGGUUGCAAGAUCUGGAGAUCCAGUAUAAGAAGGAGAAGGAGGAAGCCGACCUGACGCUGGAGCAGCAGAGACUGUACGGGGAUUCGGACAGCGGCGACGACUCCGACAAGCGUUCCUGCGAGGAAAGCUGGCGCCUCAUCUCCUCCCUCCGGGAGAAAGUCCCUCCGGGCAAGGUGCAGUGCAUCGUACGACGCUGCGGGCUCCCCAGCAGCGGGAAGAGACGGGAACCCAUCAGGGUGUACCAGAUCCCCCAGCGGCGGCGGCUGGGCAAAGACCCGCGGUUCCUGACCCUGGCGGAUCUGAAAAUGCAGGCGGUGAAAGAGAUCUGCUACGAGGUGGCACUCAACGACUUCAAGCACAGCAGACAGGAGAUCGAGGCCCUGGCCGUCAUCAAGAUGAAGGAGCUCUGCAGGACGUAUGGCCAGAAGGACGAGAAGGAGGGCUGGAAGGUCGUGGCCCGGGAUGUCUGGGACACUGUCGGGGUGGGAGAUGAGGAUUCCGGGAGCAAAGGCGGGGUGCAGGAUCUGAAGGCGCACAUCGACAAACUGACCGACAUCUUGCAGGAGGUGAAGAUGCAGAACAAUAUGAAGGACGAGGAGAUCCGGGCUCUGAGGGACCGCAUGGUGAAGAUGGAGAGGGUCAUACCAGUCACACAGGAUGAGCCCGGAGAAGACUACUUGGAGGACCAGUCCUGGUGCUCCAGCGAGUCUCCGGAGAGUCUUCAUAAUUCCCCCAACAACUCUCCCAAGGCUGGCCGCGUUUCGCGCCUUAUGGAAGACGACUCAACCUUCAGGCGGGGGAGGAUGAGGUGGAUAAAGCAGGAGCAAACCCGCUUCCAAAAUCUGCAGCAGCAGCAGAUAACCCGGGCCCUCCGCCGCCCGCCCGGAACGGGAAAAUUCAUUCCCCCGCUGGACUGCAAACUUCGCUUUCCCUUUAAGAGCAGCCCUCAGCACCGCUUCUCCUGGGCGCCGGGGACGACCUACGUGGUGGAAGAGCUGCACAAUCCCUGGUCAGAAGAGAAACAACGAGGCGUGGAGGACGACGGCGAGAGGCGUAACGAACGCCCGCAGAGCCGCCAGGAAGACGGCGACCAUCCAAGACAGAGACGGAACUCCUUGGACGGCGGCUCAAACAGGGGAAGGAGGCCCAACCAUCGCAACAAUCGCCAGAACGGCGAAGACGGCCAACAGUUUGCGAGGAGAUCGCAGAGCAGGGAGGGCGAAGGAGAGGGGCAGCAAAAACGCCACCCGCCAUCGCCUCAGGAUCGCCCUUUCAAGUACCACCCUUACACUGCCCCGCCCAGGAUGCGACGCCAGAACUCCGCCCCGGACUUGUGCGACAUGGAGAGCCCCGUCUGAGA